AGCCUAUAUUUGCAUACGCCCCAAAUGCGCCAAAAUUUGACGCUGCAACAGUCACAACAGUUCGCCAUCUUGACGAUUUUGACUCUGUUUGAUCGGAGAAUAACUAUGGCGGAGAAAGGCGACCACUCGGCCGGGGCAGGGGAAGAAGAAGAAGAAGUAGAGGAAGUGGCAGACUCGCCAGAUGUGUUCCAAUGCCAGAACUGCCGCGAGAUCCUGGCCGACUCUCUCGCCAUGAAAGAUCCACUGACAGGACCGAAGGCCUGCAUUGAAAUGAGUUAUAUUAGCUUCACAGCGGUGUCGGAGACAGUAACUGUUGGAAAAACCAUUACCCAUUCAGAGAAGCAGACAGAUAGAGACUAUGGAUGUUCCUACCUGCCCCUGUCCUGCGCGGGGUGCGGAGCUGAGAUCGGGGUGAUGUACAGGGGGACCCACUCGGAGUUCGACGCACUCAGAGACCUCUACACCAUAGACAUCAACAAAGUCACCACCUACAGCCUCGGGUCUGGCAUCCCCAAGUGCAGUCUAGGAGGGAUUGUGUCAGCACAGGAAAAGAUAGAUAAUGGACUGGCUAAGAUACGGCACGUACUGAUGACACUGUCCAAGAGGCUGUCUGUCCUUGAGCAGGCGAUGAUGGAAGAAGAAGAGCCUGACACAAAGGAGAACCUGACACCAGCUCCCAGGGUGAAACACGAGGUGAAGAACGAGAGGCCCUCGGGAACCCCGUCUCGGGGGAACAAGUCGUCUCAGCGCCCGUCUCAGAGCAGCUACGGAUCCCCCGUCCCGGCUCGCACGCAUGUGAGAAAGAAGGCGAGGAUUCAACUGUCGGAUUACGAGUCAGACUAGGACCUGUAUGUCUGAAAGCUGGCAUAAAAGCAACGCAAACAAAACCUCACCUCUAGAUCUGCUCUAAGAUUAUGCAGGGAGUAAUGCCAGCUAGAAGAUCGGGUAAAAUAUUCAGUUUAUAAGUCUCAAUUUUGUUUAUUAACUGCCAGAAGUCGGUAAGUACUGCAUGCUUAGCAUACAAAGUACUAUAAGACCAAGCUAGGGAGAAGGCUGUACUAUAUCCUAGAGUAGCACUAUGUUAUGUUGUAUGAUUUCUAAGUUCAUAUAUGGAUACAAGUUAAGAAAAGAUGUCAAAGUCUUGUUUAUCUCAAAAGUGACUCAAUGGAGGUUGUAUGUACUCCUUGCUCCUAUUUUGUGGAAAAAAAAACUGCUGGUAUACAAAAAUGUAUAACAAGAUCAUGUAACAGAGCAAGAUGUAACUUCUGUUUACAGCUAGUCUUUUAUUUUUGUGUAAAACUAUACCGUUACUGAAACAACAAGAACACUUUUUGCCCUGUGUCACUACUAGGUACUAAGGGUCCGAACAAACAAAACAAACAUGAAAAGUAACUUUUGUACACACUA